ACCCCGCCUUGAUUGGGCAAGUGCACGCGGUAGCGAUGGCUGGUUCGAAUUAAGACCGCGCGGGGAAGACGCCAGGCGGGUUAUCAACGAUAUCAACGAUAUCAACUAUCUUUAUCAGUCGAGAGAGCUGCAUCCGGAGCCUACCAUUAUCUAUCUAGUGCUCCCCGACUCCCAAUGCAACGGAAUCGCUUAUCUGCGAUGAUAACAGGAUCCAGCUGUGGCGGGGAAAGAGAUACUCCUGAUUUGAUGGCCGUCGGGGAAUUUCUGAUAAACUGCCUUGGACCACGCCGACUCCCGCCCUCUCUUCAUCCGUCCUCUUCUCCUCUCUUCUCCAUCGGUCGACAUCAUGACUCCCAGUCUGAAUACAACCGCCAUCCCGGGCACUGUCACCCUGGUGGAUUUGGAGCAUGUCGUGGCCACCCGUCAUGCUCGAGGCGACAGCGACAUCGUUCUGAUUCCCGAACCCUCCAAUGACCCUGAUGAUCCCUUGAAUUGGGCGCCAUGGCGAAAGACACUAUCGACCGUCUGCGUCAGCGUAUACACGCUGUUUGCCGGCAUUGCAUGCUCGGUCGUUUACUCGGUUCUCACGCAAAUUGCCGAUGAAACAGGCAUCUCCGUCGAUACUCUGAACCAGGGAACGGGCUAUAUGUUUCUGUUCGCGGGAUGGGGUCUUUUGUUCUGGCAGCCUUUGGCGCUACAGUAUGGCAAGAGAUUGACUCUGAUUCUUUCCUUGAUUGGCAUGCUGGGCACUACGGUGUGGGGUCCCUACAUCCACACCAACGGCCAGUGGAUUGCGCGCAGUAUUCUCUCAGGGUUCUUCCUGGCUCCCAUUGAAGCCCUCCCCGAAGUGAUGGUGACGGAUGUGUACUUCACCCAUGAGCGUGGUACCUACAUGGCCCUGUAUGCCUUCUUCCUCGCAGGAAGCAACUACUUCGCCCCGGUGAUCUGCGGUUUCAUUGCCCAGUACCAAGGCUGGCAGUGGGUGUUUUACUGGCCCAGCAUCUUCUGCGCCAUCGGCAUCGUGUUUCUGUUCUUCUUCUUGGAGGAGACGAACUACGUGCGCGAAAAGUCAGGAGCUGCACCCAUGACCCCAAUGGACUCUUCACGGACGUCAGAGCAGGGUGAGAAAGAGAAACACCCGUCUGCUGAUGUGACGCCGGGCGAUGCCGAGUGCGGAGUAAUGUACAAGAAGAAGACGUAUCUCCAGAAGCUGUCGCUCAUCGGGCCCAGUCUGCCGAGGAACAAUAUGUUCCGGCGACUCUACCAGACUCUGUACUAUCUGAGCUGGCCAGUGGUAUUCUACGCAGGAUUCUCGUAUGGCUCAUACCUCAUCUGGUUCAAUGUGUUGAAUGGAACGGCAUCCGUCAUUCUGGGUGGUGCGCCUUAUAACUUCAGUUCCGCCAUGGUCGGUCUCAGCUACGUAUCCUGCAUUGUCGGGGUUGUUCUCGCUUUCCUCUUCACCGGACGAUUCAGCGACUGGCUCACAAUCCGCCUCGCGCGCCGCAACAACGGUGUCAUGGAAGCGGAGCAGCGUCUGUGGCCAUUUGCAGUUUGCCUAUUCAUUGUGCCAGCGUCCCUACUGCUAUGGGGCGUGGGUGCCGCGCACCAAGUGCACUGGUUUGGAUUGAUUGUAGCGAUGUGUUUUCUGGCUCUGGCGAACACAUGCGGCAUCACCCUGAGCGUCAACUAUCUGGUAGACAGUUACCGGGAAUUGAGCGGAGAUGCAAUGGCGAGUGUGAUUCUCGUCCGAAACACCAUGUCAUUUGCCAUGGGCUACGGAAUCACCCCCUGGGUCAACCACCUCGGGUACCAAAACUGCUUCAUCUCGGCCGCUUUCGUGGGGAUGGCUUGUGCCGCGGUGUUUCUGGUGAUGAUCAAAUGGGGGAAGACGUUCCGCAUACACAGCCGCGAGAAAUACUGGCGGAUUGUGGAGGAGAAUUGGGAACGAGGGAUGGGCCAUUAGAUGGUUUCUCUGAUAUUUAUGACUCAUGAUGCAUUGAUAUAAUAU